CUUCAUUAAGGAAGCCUCCCAGAUAUGAAAGAGCGCCUCCACGCUCAGAACUAUAAAGGUGUCCUGCCUCCGUCCUGGACCACCACCACGCAGCCCAGGAAAGGUUUUCAUAAAUGUCUCAUCGAAAAGUUCUCAGGCCCUGCCCCCUGAGCACCGCGGGCCCCGGGCCUAUAUAUUGCGCCUGCCGCUGCAGCUAGUGUGUCCACACUUGUCCUGACUACAGAGCAGCAGCCCAGCCACCAUGAGGGAGAUCAAGAGCAAGAAGUUCUGGAGGGCCGUGCUGGCCGAGCUGGUGGGCACCACCCUCUUCAUCUUCCUCAGCAUCACCGCCGCCAUCGGGCAGCCCAGCGAGGCGCAGGAGGUGAAGGUGUCGCUGGCCUUCGGCCUGGCCGUGGCCACGCUGGCCCAGAGCCUGGGCCACGUCAGCGGCGCCCACCUCAACCCGGCCGUCACGCUGGGCAUGCUGGCCAGCUGCCAGAUCAGCCUGCUCAAGGCCUUCCUCUACAUCCUGGCCCAGAUGCUGGGCUCGGCGCUGGCCAGCGGCAUCGUGUACGGGACGCGGCCGGAGGACAGCGACGCGCUGGGGCUCAACGCGCUGAGCGGAGUCACCCCCAGCCAAGGUGUGGGCAUCGAGCUGCUGGCCACCUUCCAGCUGGUCCUGUGUGUUAUCGCCGUCACAGAUAAGAGGCGCAGCGACGUGGGCGGCUCGGCCCCGCUGGCCAUCGGCCUCUCCGUCAGCCUGGGCCACCUGGCAGCCAUCAGCUUCACGGGCUGCGGCAUCAACCCGGCUCGCACCUUCGGCCCGGCGCUGAUUCUCAACGACUUCAAAGACCACUGGGUCUACUGGGUGGGGCCCAUGUGCGGCGGCGUGGGAGCCGCCCUCAUGUACGACUUCCUGCUCAGCCCCAAGUUCGACGACUUCCCCGAGCGCAUGAAGGUUCUGGUCACCGGCGUGACGGAGGACUACGAGCUCAACGGCGUGGACAUCACCAACAGGCUGGAGAUGAGACCCAAGUAGAGGCAGCUCUGGCCGCUCGGCCUCAAAAUGAAGCUCUUAGCGCAGGUUUCCGUCCCACUCCAGGUCUGACCUUGAACACAUGGAGGUGAAGGUUGAGAAUCUUGACGUGUCUCGCUCUCCGUAUCAGUAUUCCCGUUGAGCCAUGUUUUCCUUUUGUAUAUGACUUUGCGUGUCCUCACGUCUGACUGCUCAUGAAUGAUGUAUUUGUUGUGCACUCGAAAAUGUUUUCCACUUUUUAAAGUAAAUAAACUUCACCUUGUUACAAGUCCA